AUGAAAAGGAAAGAAGAGAGGAAAAAUAAGUUAGCCCUGCUCCAAAACAAUCCGUUUAAGGGCCUCCAUCUACACACAAAAAUUUACCCCUCUCCUUUAAAGACCAUCCUCCCACUUACCACCACCCGUUCCUUUCUCCUUCCCUUUCCUCCUUUCCUCCUCUCCUUGUCACUCAUACCGAACAAAGUCUACGUUCUUCUGAGUAAUUCAAACCUUUACAUCUUUUUUUUUCCUUCGACACAUCCACAUUUCCAUACACAAUGGGUAAAGAAAAGACCCACGUUAACGUUGUCGUUAUCGGCCACGUCGAUUCUGGAAAGUCCACCACUACUGGCCACUUGAUCUAUAAGUGCGGUGGUAUCGACAAGCGUACCAUCGAGAAGUUCGAGAAGGAAGCCGCCGAACUCGGAAAGGGUUCCUUCAAGUA